CACGGCGGGAUCGGGAGAAGCUUUCCCUCCCAUUGCUCUACUUCUUCACGCGUCCUUUCCGUCCUCUCCCCGGUCCAGAUCCGGAGAGAACCACCGCACGUCUUCCUGACACCGGCCCCUCUCCGCCCCGCCUCCAAGCGCGCGCGGAGGAACUUCCAUGAACGCGCCGGCAAUGUGCGCGCGCAUGUUCGGAGUCGCCGUCACGUCUCUGCGCGUCAACGGCCCGGCCCCACGCGGCUGAACGCGUCCGGGCCGCGUGGGUUUAUAACCGGCAGUGCUGGUGGGUGGAAUCGAGUCGAGCUACUCGAACCCGGCAGCGAUGGAGAGCUACCUGAACGAGAACUUUGGGGGCGUCAAGGCGAAGCACUCGUCGGACGAGGCGCUGGGGCGAUGGCGCAAGGUCGUCGGCGUCGUCAAGAACCCCAAGCGCCGCUUCCGCUUCACCGCCAAUCUCGUCAAGCGGUCCGAGGCCGCCGCCAUGAAGCGAACCAACCAUGAGAAGCUGCGUGUUGCGGUGCUUGUUUCAAAGGCUGCACUUCAGUUCAUCCAAGGCCUUACUCCCCAGAGCGAGUACACCGUCCCUACUGACGUCAAGGCGGCGGGCUUCGGCAUCUGCGCCGAGGAGCUGAGCUCGAUCGUCGAGGGCCAUGACCUUAAGAAGCUGAAAUCACAUGGCGGCGUCGAGGGCCUCGCGUCGAAGCUGUCCACAUCGGAGUCUGACGGCCUUGCCACGUCCGAGGACAAGCUGGCGACCCGGCAGGAGCUGUUCGGCGUCAACAAGUUUGCCGAGGCGGAGUCUCGCGGCUUCUGGGUCUUCGUCUGGGAGGCGCUCCAGGACAUGACGCUCACGAUCCUUGCCGCGUGCGCGUUCGUCUCGCUCAUCGUCGGCGUUGCCACCGAGGGGUGGCCCAAGGGCGCGCACGACGGGCUUGGCAUUGUGGCCAGCAUCCUUCUGGUCGUGUUCGUCACCGCGACGAGCGACUACCGCCAGUCCCUGCAGUUCAAGGACCUUGACAAGGAGAAGAAGAAGAUCACGGUGCAGGUCACCCGGAGCGGGUACAGGCAGAAGCUCUCGAUAUAUGAUCUUCUCGCCGGCGACAUUGUCCAUCUCUCCAUUGGUGAUCAGGUGCCGGCUGACGGGUUGUUCUUGUCGGGCUUCUCCCUGCUGAUUAACGAGUCAAGCUUGACCGGAGAGAGCGAGCCUGUUGCCGUCAAUGCCGAAAACCCAUUCCUCCUUUCGGGGACUAAGGUGCAAGACGGUUCUUGCAAGAUGCUCGUCACGACGGUCGGCAUGAGGACUCAGUGGGGCAAGCUGAUGGCCACUCUCAGCGAAGGUGGUGACGACGAGACGCCAUUGCAGGUCAAGCUGAACGGCGUGGCCACCAUCAUUGGUAAGAUAGGCCUCAUCUUUGCAGUUGUCACGUUCGCGGUGCUCACCGAAAGCCUGUUCCGGCGCAAGAUCAUGGACGGCACGUACCUGAGCUGGACUGGAGAUGACGCAUUGGCACUGCUCGAGUUCUUCGCCAUUGCCGUGACCAUUGUCGUUGUGGCGGUCCCUGAAGGAUUGCCGCUCGCCGUGACACUGAGCCUUGCGUUUGCCAUGAAGAAAAUGAUGAACGACAAGGCGCUCGUCCGGCACCUUGCGGCUUGCGAGACCAUGGGAUCUGCUACCUCCAUCUGCAGCGACAAGACCGGCACGCUUACGACGAACCACAUGACCGUCGUCAAGGCUUGCAUCUGCGGCAUGAUCAAGGAAGUGGAUGGUGCUUCAGAUACCAAGAGCCUGUUCUCCGAGCUGCCGGCCUCUGUCAUGACGAUGCUCUCGCAGUCCAUAUUUAACAACACGGGCGGCGAUGUUGUCUUGAACCAGGAUGGCAAGCGUGAAAUACUAGGCACACCAACUGAGACAGCCAUUCUAGAGUUCGGCCUAUCACUAGGUGGGGACUUUUCGGCGGUGCGCAAAGUGAGCACCCUUGUCAAGGUGGAGCCGUUCAACUCGGCGAAGAAGCGGAUGGGUGUGGUCAUCCAGCUCCCAGGUGGUGCACUGCGAGCACACUGCAAAGGUGCAUCAGAGAUCAUACUGGCAUCUUGCGACAAGUACCUGAAUGAGGAAGGCAAUGUCGUCCCUCUAGAUGAUGCGACCAUUGAUCAUUUGAAGGCCACCAUCGAUAGCUUUGCGAACGAGGCACUUCGCACGCUAUGUCUUGCCUACAUGGAUGUUCAGGAUGGGUUCUCAGCCAAUGAUCAGAUUCCGGUGGAUGGGUACACCUGCAUUGGCAUUGUGGGGAUCAAAGACCCCGUCCGGCCUGGCGUGAAGGAAUCAGUUGCCAUCUGCAGGUCGGCAGGUAUUACCGUCAGGAUGGUCACAGGUGACAACAUCAACACUGCAAAGGCAAUCGCCCGGGAAUGCGGUAUUUUAACUGAAGGUGGCAUUGCCAUCGAAGGCCCGGAGUUCAGAACCAAGAGUGCAGCAGAACUUAGUGAAUUGAUACCAAACAUACAGGUAAUGGCGAGAUCUUCUCCGCUGGAUAAGCACACCCUUGUGAAGCAUCUGCGGACUACACUUGGUGAAGUGGUUGCUGUGACUGGCGACGGGACAAAUGAUGCACCUGCGCUUCAUGAGGCUGAUAUUGGGCUUGCAAUGGGUAUUGCUGGAACUGAGGUGGCAAAAGAAAGUGCCGAUGUUAUUAUUCUUGAUGAUAACUUCUCCACUAUUGUCACCGUUGCAAAAUGGGGUCGGUCAGUGUACAUCAACAUUCAGAAGUUUGUGCAGUUUCAGCUGACAGUCAAUGUUGUUGCUCUCGUUGUAAACUUCUCCUCAGCUUGCUUGACAGGGAGUGCCCCUCUUACUGCUGUGCAAUUGCUCUGGGUCAACAUGAUCAUGGAUACACUAGGAGCAUUGGCAUUGGCCACAGAACCUCCAAACAGUGAACUGAUGAAGAGAGCUCCUGUUGGAAGGAAAGGAAAUUUUAUCAGUAACAUUAUGUGGAGGAACAUCCUGGGACAGGCCAUCUAUCAGUUCAUUGUAAUUUGGUAUCUACAGACCGAAGGGAAGUGGCUAUUUGGAAUAGAGGGUGACAAUUCGGAUCUAGUCUUGAACACACUCAUCUUCAAUUGCUUUGUGUUCUGCCAGGUGUUCAAUGAGGUGAGCUCGAGAGAGAUGGAGAGGAUAAAUGUAUUCCAAGGCAUUCUAAACAACAAUGUGUUCAUCACCGUCCUCAGUAGCACCGUCAUCUUCCAGUUCAUCAUAAUACAAUUUCUGGGAGAUUUUGCAAACACUACACCUCUCACAUUCAAACAGUGGAUCACCUGCAUUUUCAUCGGUUUCAUAGGCAUGCCUAUCGCUGCAAUGGUGAAGCUGAUCCCCGUUGGUUCUAGGUAGGAAACUACAACUAAUUUCAGUCAGAAACUGAAGCUGGACAGGGCUACAGUCUGAUCAUGCCAGUGCAGAUUUGUGCUUUGCCAUUCACAUAUAGAAUAGUUAUCUUUCUACCAUAAUGCUUCUGUUUAGGUGAAUCUUUGCUCUUUUUAUCUUGCUUUUGAUUUUAGAGUGUGAGCCAAGGUUGUGGGCUUGAUUCUUAGAAAUGCUUCUGUUUAGGUGAAUCUUUUUAUCUCUACCUGUUCUUUCUAGUUUUCCUGAUGUUUUUAUCUUGGAACGUUGGAAGUUGGAAUUGCAUAUGCCUCCGAUAAGUUUGCACGAACCUGAAGUAUAGCAGACAUCUGUUUGAUGCUACAGCUAUGACAGGUGUUUAGAUUGACUUGUGUAAGGUUCUUUGUACCAUCCUGAUGUUUUUUUUGUGGACACUCUGGAGGUGUAGCAGAAGUUGCUUGCAAUGAAAUUACUGAAUUUUAUUUAUUGGCAAACUACAAUGAAUCUCAUUCUUCUCCCA